UAAAUUUGGACAGAGAGCGUAAUCACUUCAUAGUCCCUAGGAAACGUCAGCUGUUACACGACAUGCCUUCUGGUAAAGAUAUUUCAUGAUCCAGUCAUAGCCCCGGUGACAGGGGGAAUCUGAUUCGGGAAACCCCACUAUAUAAAGCCGAAGGAAGUGGGUUGGUGCUUCCAGAAAACUUUCUGAAAGCACUAGAUAUUGAUCUUCGAUGCAGAAAAGUUUUGUUGGAAAAUAGGUUUUCGUUUCGUCCCUGUUUGAGUUAAAGGGGAUCGAUAGAAAAGGUCAUCUGACUGAUCUGAUAUUUUUGUGCAGCUGUACAUUAAACAGGAAUAAAAGCAGUAAAACGCCGAAAAGUUUUUUUUUUUAAAGAAGUAACUGGGUUACAAUAAGACGUAGCUGGUCAACGUCCAUUUUACGUUUAAAACUAAAUAACAAAGUAAAAAAGCGAGAAGUUCACGAGUUUGGUACAAUCAACAAGUUUGGGAAGAAUGGCGGAUGGACACUUUUAUACUACUGGAAGCAGACAGAGGACUCCAAGAGACCCAUUCAGAGAUCAGUCGCUCAGCUCCCGGUUCCUGGAUGACGAUUUUGGAAUGAGCUCUUUUUCAGAUGACCUGUCAAUGGACUGGCCUGACUGGGUUCGACCCCGUCUAAGCUCUGCUUGGCCGGGCACUCUGCGGUCCGGAUUCUCUCGCUCAUCCACAGGUACCCCUCCCACGUACAGUUCGAGGUACAGCGAACCUCGCAGUGCGCCCGUGGCCAGAGGGGAGCCGUGGAAAGUGUGCGUCAACGUGCACAACUUUAAACCCGAGGAGCUGAACGUAAAAACCAAAGAUGGGUUUGUAGAAGUGUCGGGCAAGCAUGAAGAAAAGCAGGAAGAGGGGAGCAUUGUUUCCAAAAAUUUCACUAAGAAAAUCCAGAUACCUGGAGAUGUGGAUCCCCUCACAGUUUUCGCUUCCUUGUCUCCUGAGGGAGUUCUCAUAAUCGAAGCUCCUCAGACCCCGCCCUACUACCUCUUUGGCAGUGAUUACACAGGGAACGAGGGAGAGGAAACCGAGUUUAAAACUCAGGAAACAACUGUGGCCUAAUGUCCUCGUCUGUAAAAGGAGGCCUCAGAGGGAUGUGGAAACCCUAUCAACAAACAUAAGCGGACAACCAACCUGAAAGAUCUGACAGAAAGGGUUGGGUGCAGCAGAUUGGUUUUCUGACCUUUGCAUAUUUUCACCUCUUGAACUUUAGGGUACAUCAGAACGUGGGGUCACAUUGGCUAUGGGUAUGCUUGUCUUCGUUCAGCCCCUAGAGGAAUUAUACGAAAUAUUUCUAGCUAUUAUAUUACUAUAACAUUACAGUAUUAGAAAAUACCACCACACAGUUAUCUAUAACAGGCAAACUAUGGUGAAUGCAUUAACUCAGUUCACUUACUGGAUCAUCCCUACACGGUUGGACAUUGACAAAAAAACACAUUUUAACCACCUUUCUGUAUGUGCCUGCCUCCAGGUGGACACAGAAAUCCUGAGUGUCCAAUUUCCUCUGCCUGAUCUAGUAUUAGUAAUGCUUCAUUCUGAGUCUGUAAGGAUUUGCCAUAUGUUUAGUUCAGAUUAACUCAAAAGCUGAUGUUCUAUGAUGUGUGUGUUUACAUUUGAUAGAAUGAGAGAGCCUGCUUCAUUUUUCUCUAUAUAAAUGUGCAGCAUCUCACUAAUUUCAUACUGUACAUCUAUUGAAAGCAAUCAGACUACUCAACUGAAAGUCCAUUAGACCUUUUUAGGUGACACUCACAAUAAAGCAUUACUGUCUUUCUAAGGUGACAAAAGGUGCACUUUUCAGAAAAUGGCAAUUGUAAGAAUUUAGGUUGUUUGGACUGCUUGAGAUGUUUAUGGUCAAAUUCAUGGUAAACAAGAUUUCUUUCUCAUUUAUUGGAGUGCUCUGUUUUAAUCUGGACGCAUUCAAGCAAUUACUAAUUAAGUAUAUAAAACUUGAUUUAUGCUGCUUUUCAAUUCCACUUUUGCCAACUGUAUGUAAUUCAUUUUUUUAAAGAAUCAUGGGUUGAUCAAUUUAUGUGAAUUUUUUAUAGAGGUCUUACAAAAAUGUUUUUUUUUUUGCUUUUCUAUUUGUAUAUGAGAUCCUGAUAGUUUUUUUCUGAACUAAUUAAUGCCUUUAAAAAAAGUCAGACUAAUUAUUGACUGUUAUUUUUAAUGGAAUGCCACUGAAUGUCUUUGUUUAAGCAAUAAAACCUCCCAACACCUCUU